ACCGCAAAGACACCGGCUACGGCGCGCGAGGAGGGUCAUUCUUGUUCAGAGCUUUCCGGCUUCCCACUGAAAACACUUGGCUCGGGCGCUGCUGCGGAGCAACGAUGUCGGAGCAGGAGUCUCUGAGGUGCUCCAGUGCCAGGAACCGCGGAGGCGUUCAGCGGGUUGAGGGGAAACUAAGAGCCAGCGUGGAAAAGGGGGAUUAUUAUGAAGCGCAUCAGAUGUACAGGACUUUAUUUUUUAGGUACAUGUCCCAGGCAAAGCAUGCCGAGGCCCGCGAGCUGAUGCACAACGGGGCCCUGCUCUUCUUCAGCUACAACCAGCAAAACAGUGCAGCAGACCUGUCCAUGCUGGUCCUGGAGGUGUUGGAGAAAUCGGAGACAAAAGUUGAAGAUGAAAUAUUAGAAAGCCUGGCUAAACUGUUCAGCCGGAUGGACCAGAACUCUCCAGAGAGAGUCGCAUUUGUGUCCAGAGCCUUGAAAUGGUCCACAGGAGGGCCCGGCAAGUUGGGUCACCCAAAACUACACCAGCUGCUGGCGGUCACCUUGUGGAAAGAGCAAAACUACAGCGAGUCUCGUUAUCACUUCCUCCAUUCGUCCGAUGGGGAGGGCUGUGCACAGAUGCUGGUGGAGUAUUCGACGUCACGAGGCUUCCGCAGCGAGGUCGACAUGUUUGUGGCGCAGGCCGUCCUACAGUUCCUCUGCUUAAAGAACAAAAACGGCGCUUCUGUGGUGUUCAGCACGUACACGGAGAAGCACCCGUCCAUAGAGAAGGGCCCUCCCUUCGUCCAGCCUUUACUAAACUUUAUCUGGUUUCUGCUGCUGGCAGUGGAUGGGGGUAAACUAACAGUUUUCACAGUGUUGUGUGAGCAAUAUCAACCUUCCCUGAAGAGGGACCCCAUGUAUAAUGAGUAUCUCGACAGAAUAGGACAGGUUUUCUUCGGUGUCCCGCCCAAACAGUCGCCAUCAUACGGGGGACUGCUAGGGAACCUGCUGAACAGCCUGAUGGGCUCGGGCGAGGACGACGACACAGCUGAAGAGGCGCAGGAGGACAGCAGCCCCAUCGAGCUGGACUGAGCCUGAGAACAAACAAACAAACAAACAAACAAACAGACAGACAGACACGUACACACAACGAGGAAGACCACACCGCCUCCCCCCCCUCACCUCCACCAACAAGGGUUGGGCGAUGACACCGCUGCGUGUUUUCAGAUGAGUGCUGUUUCCAAAUUAAAAAAAAAAAAAAAAAAAAACCUCCCUCUUCCUAAAAUCUGGCUGCCAAAAACCUCCUUCUGGACUGACUGCGUCAAAUGGCGAACCCUUCUCACGCUGAGUUAUUGUUUUAUUUCAUUUGAGUCCUUCCUCUUGUUAGUGUGGGACUCUGUGCAGGGUGCAAUGAUUUUAUAACGAGCGGCAACAGACACCGGGAAGGUCGGAGUCUCCACCCAACCCCCCCCAUAAUGAUGAUGAUGAUGACGACGUCAUUAGGAGUCAGUUUAGUCGACUCGCUACUAGUAUUUAACUGUUUUGUUUUGCCUCACAGACCUUGAUCAGAAACGUGGUGUUGCUGCAGAUACUUUCUUGUUAAAAGGAUCCCUUUGAGUAGUAAAUUACGUUGUACCUGCA